AUGUCUAUCAUUACAAAACUUCCGUGCGAAAUUGUCAACGCAGUGUUGCAGCAUGUUGGUAGCUUGCAGAACUUGUCAUCGGCAUUGCUCACUUGUCACCAUGUCCACACCAGCUUCCAGGAAAACCCACACGUCGCAGCUGACAUUUUGCAGCGACAGAUCGCCCCAGAGUUGCUCCCCUACGCAAUUGCAGUGAUGGAAGGAUCGCGUCUUGGUCCACGAACCGCCCCAAAGGUCCAGACGCUGCUCAACAAGCUUAACGGUGAACUGUACACGGAAUCGCAAGAGGCGCAAGAGUUUCAGAUAAGGACGCUUGCAAGCCAGUUGGCGACGAUGCCGUUCCCACUGUUGUCGCAGAUGAGCCACACACACGACGUCAUCCACAGCUUCGUAAUGGGAUUUUCGACCAGUGCAUGGACACAUCUGUCUUCACGAAUCUCGCCUGCACAAAGCGGAGAGAGCGUGUCUCUUUCAUCAAAGGAAUACAUUCGUUUCUGUCGCGCCUUUUACCGGAUGGAAUUGUACUUUCGCUACUUUCCACGCUCUGACUCACCAGAUGAAGAAACGAGUUGCGGUGCCUCGUUUUUGCGGACGUUUCCGGCGUGGGAAAACGAGCAGAUUGGUUGCGUGCAAGACUUUUUCGAACUUCAAUUUUCAAAAGCCUCCCGGGACAUUGUUGCGCAUGACGUUUUCUUUGGCGAGAUGAGCGUGGACUAUCUCACUCCGGGCUACAUGAACUAUUCAAGACAAACUUGGCUAUACGCGGAAGACCGACGCGUCAAUGAUACGCCGCUAGAAGACUAUUCCAAAGAGAAACGAGACGCCCUAUUUGAACCAUCGGAGCCUCGGCAUGAUGUCGACAGGGGCCCCUUUGAGGCAUGGUGGGCAGCUAACAAAGAACUGCCCCUCCAUAGCUCGCUCAUGAUGAACCACAAUGCUGGAUUCCGGGAACAGGCAUAUGUGCUCUGGGAUGAGGACCGCCUGAAACGGUACAGCCUACUCGAGUUGUUUUCUGAAACUGCACCUGAGUCAGAGCUAGAGCUGGAGGAUACAGAAAAUGAACACGAUGUUAUGGAAAAGUCAUUUGACGCCAGGUCCGAAAUCUACCAAAAGGGCGGCCGAGGAUACUGGAGCAAUGAUGACGAACAUAGGAUUUCAUGGCCAGAGGGAUUCAGUGGGCAAUGA